AAUUGAGUCAGUUGUCAACAGGCGAAGCAAGACGGUGAACAGUUGGCCAACCGAUGACACUCGUUUGUAGAUGUUGUAGUGCGGAAAGAAAUUUGAUUCUUUUCAGGGAAAUAGGCUUUCUUUGACGUAUUUCGGGAAAAUGAAGUUUGUUGUCCCCGAAGUCGCCUGAAUAUCAUGAAGAUGUGAAACAUGACUCUGCAGUGGGCAGAUGGACGUCCCCUGCUGCAUUGAAUGGCACUGAGAAUACAAGACUACGCGGGAGGACUGCAAUGACUAGCCAGCACCCUAGCCAUGCAGAAAGCACUUACUCCACAGACAAACAGCCACCAGCUCUGGCCUCGAAGCUCCAUGUGCGUCGAUCAGAUUCAAAUGAGACCCUUACAAUCCACUUCUCAGCUCUUGGGAAGGAGGAAGAGGAGGAGGAGGAAGAGCUGUACACCACAUCGGUCUCCUCCACAUCCACCACUCAGGAUGAAUUCAAUAUUGUGACCGGAGUUGAGGCUAGUGAGGAGAUGUUUGAAGCACAGCAAUCAGACGGUUCCGGUGAUGUGGCUCCCACAGCCCAUUCUACCAAACGUUCACCACUUUCUACUUCUCACACCACUUCGUUGCCACAUCUUGCUGAGCAAAAAGGCACAAGUUCGAAUUCAUCACCGACUAAAUCUUUGAGUUUUCCGUCUGCUGACAAGUCCUUUCUAACUUUGAUGAAAUCGUUAUCUUCUGACAUUGAGUCGAAAGACGGAGUCUCUUCGAUGACUGCUCCCGCAACAAGACAUCGGCAUAUUAUGAAAUCCCUGGUUAAAUCCUUAUCGUCUGACACAUCACAGGACUCUUCACCCAAUCGCCUUUCAGAGUCCCGCCUUAAUCUGCAACUCUUCAAGCAAUUUACUCAGUCCAGGAUGCACAAUACUACUACGUCAGCAGCUAGUGAUUCAAAAACAGCCCCUUGUUCACCGCUGAUUUCGCCAGAUAACCGCAGCUUCUUCAAAGUAUCAGAGGUUGAAGCACGAAUUGAAGACACUAAACGUCGUUUCUCUGAGGCCAUCUACGAACCACUACAACUUCUUAGUAAGAUCAUGGAUGAAAAGAGCAGCAGUAGCCUCAGUCGGCCAAAGGCUCUAUCUGCCAGUGCAUCCGAACUCUACAACCUGAACUCUGUCACUGGUCACUUUGAAAGCAACAACAACGACUGCAUCAAAGAGGAAGAAGGCAGUGAAUUGGAGCGGGAAAGUCCAGAAAGUGGAACCUCUGCUCCAGCAGAUUCUCAUGUGGCACCUUUUGGCAUUAAGAGCCCCAAUAAAUCCUCCUCCUUCCCAAUAUCUUUGGACAAGUGCUCAAUGUCUGCUCUUGCAAAACAGGAGGAUGAGGACUUUUGCAUUUUGUACAGCGAGGACUUUGAAUCUAGUACUACCGACAAUGAUGUUGGUACUGGAACUGAUAGGCAGCCUCAGCUGCCAUUAAGCGGCACUACUGAACCUUGCAUCGAGAAUGAAACGGAAGAUGCUGAGCCCUCACCUAGUGUGCCGCACAAGACCCUUUUUAUCCUCACUAUUCUGGUCUAUGGUUUUUUUAUAUUGCCUUUGCCGGACCAUGUCAGAGGAGUGCUGAUUGGAGUGGCACUAGGAUUCUUCGUCGCAAUAGGAGUUGUGUGGCUGGCUGGACCAAAACCUGACAGACCCUUCACAUAUUCUAAAAACCAUGGAAAAUUGUGGAAUCUUCCACAAUUAGACAUUAAAGAACCAGAAAUAUUUAAGGGCUGGAUGAAUGAAAUAACAAACUAUGACCCAGAAACCUACCAUGCCACAUUGACACACUCUGUGUUUGUCCGCUUGGAGGGCUCCGUCAUCCGUCUGUCGAAACCAAACCACAAUAUUGCUCGACGUGCCAUACACAACGAACCAAAACCAGAUGUAACCUACAUCAGUCAGAAGAUCUAUGAUCUGACCAACAGCAAAGUGCAUUUAUUGCCUCAAAGCCUGGCCAGGAAACGGAUAUGGAACAAAAAAUAUCCCAUCUGCAUCGAACUCGGAAAACAGGAUGAUUUCAUUUCUAAGGUGGAAGGUGACACUAGUGAGAACAGAAAAGAGGGGACAGGAGGAACUCAAGAGCCAACCCGGCCAAUGUCCUCCAGCAGAGAUCUGACUCUCUUUCUGUUUGGAAGGACUGGGAGGGAGAAGGAGGAGUGGUUCCAAAGGUUUAUGUCAGCUUCUAUGCUUAAGAUAGAUUUGAAGAAAGUUACAAGUCCUGCAAGCUCCAGAAGUGCUCUGAGCUCUCACAGUCGGAGUAGUAGCCGCAGCAGUCUGGAUGAAGCCCUCGCAUCACAGCCCAGGACAAAAGAUUCCCCAACAGCAGGCAGUGUCAAAACCCAGCUUUUGGACUACACUGUCUACAUGGCUUCAUUAUUGACAAAGCCAAUUGCACUCAAAUCCCCAGCUACCAGCUCUGAGCUUCACUGUCCCCAGAGCAGCCCUGGAGCUGAAAAGAAGCUUCAGAGCCCCACCUCAGAGCAGGAACAGCUCAAGGAGGAGGGGGAGGAUGCUGUUGCCUGGGUGAAUGCAGCUGUUGGCCGGCUCUUCUGGGAUUUUCUGCGGGAGCCUUACUGGGCUGAAGUUGUCUCCAAGAAGAUUCAAAUGAAACUCAGCAAGAUACGGUUGCCAUACUUCAUGAAUGAGCUAGCUCUGAAAGAAUUAGACAUGGGUGUGGCCACACCGAAGAUCCUUGGCGCAUCCAAUCCUUCCAUUGACUACAAAGGUCUGUGGUUUGACUUGGACGUUUCCUACAGCGGUUCCUUCCUGAUGACCCUUGAAACUAAGAUGAACCUGAUUCGCCUGGGCAAGGAAGGAGAAAGCCUCCGGUUCGGGGAAGAUGGAUCCAGACCCCGAACUUACUGCCUGGCUGACAGUGAUGAGGAGUCCUCCAGCGCAGGCUCAUCGGAUGAAGAAGAUGCUACUGAGCAAUCAAAUGAAGUCCCUGGAGCAGAAGGGCGUGUGUGUGUGCGUGUGCGUGGCAAAAUCAUGCGCUUUGUCGACAAGAUCACCAGGUCCAAAUACUUCCAGAAAGCCACGGAAACAGAGUUCAUCAAAAAGAAGAUGGAGGAGGUAUCCAACACCCCCCUCCUUCUAACGGUGGAGUUGCAAAAACUGCAAGGCACUCUUGCUGUCAAUAUACCUCCCCCGCCCACUGACAGGAUAUGGUAUGGCUUUAGGAAGCCCCCGCACUUGGAAUUGAAGGCACGACCUAAACUGGGAGAAAGAGAAGUGACUCUGGCUCAUGUUACUGACUGGAUCGAGAAAAAACUGGAGCAGGAGCUUCAGAAAAUUUUUGUAAUGCCAAACAUGGACGAUGUGUGGCUGACGAUCAUGCACUCAGCCAUGGACCAACGAACUGCUGCUGGUACUUUGGCUUCUUCUGCAGCGGACCAACAGCCGUCCCACCCGGACAGCGACGGCACCAGCUAGCCACAAAA